AUGGGAGAUAUCUUCCCCACGGGCUGGUUUGCAGCCAACAAUGCAUUCAAGAACUCGACUCCUGAGCAGAUUGCUGAACAGACUGUGGUCCUGAUUGGAUGUGGACCUGUCGGUCUCUGUGCGCUCAUCAAUGCUCUGGAAUACAAGCCCAAGCAUAUCCUGGCGGUUGACUCGGUCCCGUCGAGACUGGAGCUUGCCAAGUCACUCGGUGCUGAGCCAUGGAACUUCCAGCUGGACCGGGCUGGUCUAGACAAGCGUGUUCAGGAACUGACAAAUGGACGUGGUGCCGAUGCUGUCAUCGAAGUUGUCGGUUUGAGCCCUGCCUUACGCACUGGCUUUGAACUUCUGCGACCUUGGGGAACUAUUAGCAGUGUCGGUGUCCACAAUGGAGAGAUUCCUUGGGACGGCAAUGAUGCCUAUUCCAAGAACCUGACUGUCCAAAUGGGGCGAUGCCCUGUUCGGUCUGUUGCUCCUCAGGCUCUAGAGGUGCUCAAGAGAAACCAACACAAGCUUGGUUUCAUGGCUGAUAAGAUCAUGCCGCUUUCGCAGGCCGUGGAGGCCUAUGACAUAUUCAACAAGAUGCUGGUCCAAAAGGUGAUAUUCAAAGCUGAUCAGUAG